GGCCCGUGCAGCCCAGGGACGGGGGAGGCGCUGAGGCCGGGUCGAGCAGAGCCAAGCAGUCUCCCCUGCAGCCCCGCGGUGGAGCCCAGGAGCCGUCGCCCGCUGGGCCGGGGCAGGCCCGUCUCCCCCGCGUCCCCGGAACACAAAGUAAUAAUAGUGGGACUUGACAAUGCUGGAAAGACUACCAUUCUUUACCAGUUCUUAAUGAAUGAAGUGGUCCAUACCUCUCCAACAAUAGGAAGCAAUGUUGAAGAAAUAGUAGUAAAAAACACCCAUUUUCUAAUGUGGGACAUUGGAGGGCAAGAGUCAUUACGCUCAUCAUGGAAUACUUAUUACUCAAAUACAGAGUUCAUCAUUCUUGUUAUUGACAGCAUUGACAGAGAGCGGCUUUCUAUCACAAAAGAAGAACUUUACAGAAUGUUGGCCCAUGAGGAUUUGCGAAAGGCUUCAGUUCUUAUCUUUGCAAAUAAGCAAGACAUGAAAGGUUGUAUGACAGCAGCUGAAAUAUCUAAAUACCUCACCCUUAGCUCCAUAAAGGAUCAUCCAUGGCACAUACAGUCCUGCUGUGCUCUUACAGGAGAAGGGUUAUGUCAGGGUCUGGAAUGGAUAACCUCCCGUAUUGGAGUCAGAUGACUUUUUUUGACAAAAGACUGCUUUAUUUAUUUUGUGAACAUGUACAUUUUUCUGGUACUUUUAGCUGCUAAGGCAGCAACCAGGUUUAAUUUAUAAAGGAAAUCUCCAGGCAGCACUUGAAUCAAGUGCAGCUGAACUGAAACACAAAGUAUUUUCUUAACGUUUUUAAAUGUGCUAAUUCACAACUGGAUGAACACGUGAAUCUGCAUUUCAGCAUCAAAAUUCUUCUGAUUGUUAUUUUUCAAUGAUCAACUUUUAAAUUAAGUUUUGUCAUUGAUAAUGUUUCAUACUUGCCCUUUGUAAUGAUGUAAACAAUUCUUGUAACUUACUAACAGGCCCAAAGGUGGUUUAUCUAACAGUGGAAAAAUUAGUGAGUAGAUGGGUCUUACCCUAGCAUAGUUUUUAAUGAUCUCAAACAAUAGUCCAAUUGAUAAUGGUGAUAAGACCAUCUCAAAACACAGUGCAGGAUAUAGGAAUUUGAAGAGUGAAUACAGGCUCUGUAGCAUUGAAGGUUAUAUGGCUGAUUUGGGGAUUUUUUUUAUAUGUAUAACUUCUUCCAUAAAAAAAAAUUCCUGCCCUUUUACUUUAUUUCCAUUUUUCUAGUAAAUAUUUCUAAAUAGUGA